CCCGCGAGGCUUCCGCGCCGCUGCCUGGCCCGCCGCGCGUCACGGCGCUGCCGCCCCCGGAGCUCGAGGACUGGGCCGGCUCCCCCCUCGGUGCCGGCACCGCGGCCAGCUCCUACUCCUAUGGCACGCCCGCGGCCGAGCGCAGCCCGGGCGGCCUCCUGAGCUCGCCGCCGUCGUCGCCGACGCCUCCGCCGGAGUGGCCACCAGGUUCGCCCUCUUCUGGCGGCGACGCCGACAUUGGCCGGGUCAUGAAGCACAUCUUCCGCUCCUACGCCAGCAAGUCGGGCGGCUCCGCCGCGCUGCCCCCGAAGGGGGCGCGCUCCGGGCGGGUGGCCCUCUGCAAGCAGGACCUCGUGCGGCUUGCGCAGGCGGCCCAGCUGCGCAUACCCGGCUCGGAGCUGGAGGAAGCAUUCGACGGUACUGCACGGCGGUUCGGAGCAUUGAACCUGGGGAAGCCAGAUAGUGCAGAGCCGGCGCUACCCUUCGAGCUCUUCGUGGAGCUCGUCACAGAGACUGCCAGAAGGCAGUACUCUGACCUUCCUGAGGGAGAUGCCACCAGGCUUCUCUUUGAGAAGCAUUUUGUGCCGCUCUCGAGGCGCCUGUCUCAGCUCGAGGGGUGACCGUGAGUUGCGAUUAGACGCGGUGCACGCAGCUUCGGGUUCCCAGAUAAUUCAUAUUGCAGGCUGCAGCAAGGUUGCAACCGUGGUUGCCAUCUUGCUCGCGGCAGCUCGGGAUGGCUAGAGCUUUCCUUUCUCCCCUAUUAAGGGUAUGGGAGCGCCCUUCCCGUCGCGGGUAGUUUCCUAUAUUGUGAGGCCACGCCUGGUUUUUAUCGCGUUUGACGGAGCGUUGCUGAGCUGGAAGAGCCAGCUAGUCUGGGCUUUCUUUCAGUCUAGCAAUUGUUUGUCAAAGGUCGGGCUUGUAUGUGUCAUACACUGACCACCGCAUCCCAGGCGUUCAUGAAACAGUGCUUGCGUUGCGCAGUAGGUUUCUGGACCGCUCGAUGGCAUAUGAGACCAAGUGUGAGUGUGGGCAGUCCAUGCAAUGCCAUAUGCCUUGCGUGCUGAGCCAUGAGCUCGUUGCAGGUGUGUGAAUGGCGCUGCGGCGUUGCAUCACUUUAUCCCAGUGCCUCCUUUCAACGGGAGCAACAUCUUUGCUUGCAGGGACGCAGAGUCAUGCCUCAUUGAUUUCACCUCCAG